GCCAUAGAGUAUAUAAAAGAUUGAUGCUUAACAUUGCUAUAGUCACUGUAAAUUUAACCUCACAAUUCGUGACAGGCAAUUUUCAGUGUUAUUUGCGAGUGUAUACUUCUAGUGGAGUUGGUUAAAACAAUCGUUUGUCAAAAUGGAAUGUUUAAUCGGAAUUCAAUUUAAAGAUUUCGUGUUAGUUGCAGCCGAUAUGACUACAGCUCAAUCCAUUAUGGUUAUGAAAAGCGAUGAACAAAAAAUUCAUAAAAUGUCUGACAAGCUUAUCAUGGCAGUCUCUGGAGAGGCCGGUGACACUACACAAUUCUCAGAAUACAUAGGAAAAAAUAUACAACUUUACAAAAUGAGAAAUGGCUAUGAGUUAUCACCAAAAGCUGCUGCCUCCUUUACAAGAAGAAAUUUGGCUGAUUAUCUUAGAAGCAGAACACCAUAUUUUGUAAAUUUGUUAAUGGCAGGAUAUGAUAACAACAAUGGACCAGAAUUAUAUUUCAUUGAUUAUUUAGCAUCAUGCGUCCGAGUGCCUUAUGCAGCACAUGGUUAUGGGGGAUUUUUCUCUCUUUCCAUUUUAGAUAGAUACCACAAAUAUGAUUCAACAGAAGAGGAAGCUUAUAUACUAAUGAAAAAAUGUGUCAGAGAAAUACAUAAACGAUUAAUAGUUAAUCUUCCGAAUUUCAAGGUACAAAAGGUAUCUAAAGAUGGCAUAAAAGAUUUGGAACCCAUUACAGCAAAAGUUUUGGCAGUAGAAGAUGCUGAAAGAGCAUAAGUAACUAUUUCUGUUCAUUUUAUUUGUAAUAUUAUGUUUACAGCUAAAAGGAUAAAUAUAUUAAAAUAAAAUGUGGUCAAUAACGUGUA